AUGCCUACGAUAGAUGGAUGUAUCGAGUGUACACACAUUAAAAUCCAAAAUACUGGAGGUCCGGAUUCAGAAGCUGUUAGAAACAGAAAUGUUUACUUUUCUUUAAAUGUUCAGGUGGUUUAUGGGCCAUCAAUGGAAUUUUUCGAUAUAGUUGUUAGAUGGCCUGGUAGUUACCAUGACAGCUUCAUAUUUAGCGGUAGUUAUGCGAAUCAAUAUUUUGCUGACUCUACACAUAACGUGAUAUUACUUGAAGAUGGUGGUUAUGCAUGUAAACCUUACUUGUUUACACCUCUAAGAAAUCCCAUAACACCAGCAGAGCAAAAAUAUAAUAAGUCACAUAUUAGAACGAGAAAUAUCAUUGAAAGAGCAUUUGGUCUUUGGAAAAGAAAAUUUCCAUGCCUUAGAAGAGGUCUUGCUAAUGCACAUAAUACAAUGGUCAAUAUUAUUCUUUCUUGCGCAUUGCUUUAUAAUUUGUCUCGGCAGUUUAAUCAAAAUAAUACAGACAGUGACGACCCAAAAGAUCACCUAGAAGAGGAAGAACCACAUGAAAUUAUUAACGAAAUUGACAAUAAUGUAUUAGGACCCAUAGCAAGACGAGCAUUCAUUAUAAGACAUUUUAUGACCAAACACUACAUAAAUCAAGUUACAUUUAUCAACUGUCUGCACACAAUUUAA